AUGAGCGUUUUGCCGGCUGUAUUCAAUGGACACAAACUCGAUGGUCGAGGUGGUGCCGUUGUGCUACUUGACACGGAUGGGCGAGUUGAUGUUCAGAGGCUCUACACUAUUAUCGAAGGUGUCAUUCGACACGCUCUAGAAGGCGGUGAUAUGUCUUCUACCGAAGCCACAAACGAGACGGUAGCAGCACUAAUUCGCGACAGCAUGCAAUACAUCCACAUCUUCCGGCCGCACACCUCUUCCUCUCUACUCUCAACGCUCCGAUCACUUUCCACCUACCUUCUCAACCACCUCAGGCCUGCCGGUCGGUCGAGGGCAUUACACGGCAUAUUCAUCGACAGCCUAAGCGCAUUCUACUGGGCCGACCGUCUGCGCGACGAAGUCGCUCGAACCAGCGAAAUCGGCCUCCCCGCCAACGACAUUCAACAGGCGCGCGAACAGCAGACAUCUUUCUAUAUGAGUGUACUCUAUGCUGAGAUUGCGGCAGAGUUGAGGCGGUUGCAGGGCUUAUUUGGAUGUGGGAUUGUGUAUACGACUUGGGGGAUUACACCGCGCUCUUCGUCUUCGUUUUCUUCAUCUUCUCUGGCUUUGGAAGGAGGAGGAGGAGCGGGAGGAGUACGGCCAUCACCCCCGACAUUCAAACCCCAUCUUCCGGCGCCGUGGAACUCGACGUUCCCAGACCUGAGGCUUGUGGUUCAGCGCGAUCAUGUGCGCACGUAUCCAGGUAGUGCUACGAUGGGUGACUGGGAGCGGGAUGCGCCAAUGCGGCAGUCUGUGGUGCGCAAGGGCAAGUUUUCAGCUUGGGUGGAUACGAGCUCCAUCACUGCUUGGGAUGGUGGUGAGGUUGUGUUGGCUGCGUUAAGGCGAAUGCCGGACAAUGGCGGGKUUCCGUUUUKGGKCAAGGAGGACGGGGKUUUUAUGGAUGAUUUGAUGGAUGAUAUCAAUUAG